AUGCUUAGUUUGAUGUGUAUUGCUAGAGAGUUUUUUUUUGGAUGGCUGCAUGUGAUCAGCACAGGGUCAAUCAGCACUGUCCAGACAGAGGGUCAGGGGUCCUGCAUCCUCCCAGAGCAGAAUGAAAACCUCUUCCUGCAAGCUUUAACAUGUGCUCUGCUGGAUACUGAUAGAAGUCACAAGACUGCUCUAACUGCUGAUGAGAAAAGGUAUUUAGCAGUUUAUAUUCACUAAAAUAAUUGCACUUCCAUGUUUGUGUGUACUGUGGGAGACCAGAUAUAGUGAAUGCAGGGUCUUGGGUG